UCUUGUGUGGGCUGAUGAAUCCUAUUUAAUUAAAAUAUAAAAAUCAAAGUGUUCUUUUAUGUAUGCAGCAUGAAACAGCCUUGUUGCUUUGGCUGCUUCAUGAAGGCAGUGGACUCUGUUGCUUUGGAUGUUUCCUCUGAAAACAGGUUCGUCCUUGACUUUAAAAUUUUAAUGAGCAUAUGGGAAUUUAAUGGCUUGGUGCAAACUCUGAUAUUCUGUCUCGGCUUCCUGCAUUGAAAUAUAAGACAUACUGUAAACCAGUGCUUGGCUGUUCUUCUUAUCUUUAUUGUGAUUUACAUGUGGUAACUUCUUCACACUUAUCUUAUCUCUUACACUGAUUUGCAAUGCAACAAUAGUUUAUUGGAUUUGAACAACUAAACUGAACUGAACUGGCUGUUAAACUCACCACUACAUUAAAAUUUAGCAGACCAGUUUAUAGAUGCUAUAUUGUUCCAAGGACAAAUAAACUGAAAUAUUUUACAGUAUUUUGAGCCAAGAGUGAUGCAUAAAGUUGACAUAAUGCAAGAAUCUUUGAAAGAUAUAUUUGGUUGUAGUCUGUUUCUGUUGAUUGGCAGAGUGAAGCUAACCUGGAUCUGCAGGAAUGUUUGCAUACAUCACAGCCAAUCAAACAGUUGGUUUCAUUAGAGCCAGGCACCACUACCUUCACUAUGUCAUAAACUGUGACGUGGCUACAGCUCCAUGAUGAAAAGGCAAACUCCGCUGACGACGGCUCUGAGGACUCACCCGCGUCAGGACUGUGGCGAAGGGGGAACCUCAGCGAUGGAGAGGCUGCUGAGAAAAUGUCGGGUCAGGAACCAGCUGGUCAGGGAGUGCAUGGCCGAAUGCCUUGGCAUUUACAUCCUGAUCCUGUUUGGAUGCGGCUCCGUCGCCCAGGUAACCACGACUCGGGAUCAGAAGGGCCAGUACCUGUCGAUAAACCUGGGUUUUGCUCUGGGAGCGACAUUCGGGGUGUUUGUGUCUCGGGGAGUUUCAGGUGCCCAUCUGAACCCAGCCGUCUCUCUGAGCUUGUGCGUACUGGGCCGACAUCCGUGGCUGAAGCUGCCGUUCUACGUCUUCUUCCAAGUGUUUGGAGCCUUUCUGGCUGCAGCCACCGUUGGUCUGCAGUACUACGAUGCCAUUCAGACGUACGGUGGCGGUGAGCUGACGGUCACAGGCCCCACGGCCACAGCGGCCAUAUUCUCCACCUACCCGGCCGACUACCUCAGCCUGUGGGGAGGCGUUGUGGACCAGGUGAUCGGCACAGCUGCUCUGCUGCUGUGCGUCCUGGCUCUCGGAGACCAGAGGAACAGUCGCCUCCCUGGCGGCCUGCAGCCGGUGCUGGUGGGAGCAGCCGUGAUGGUUAUCGGCAUCUCAAUGGGCUCCAACAGCGGCUACGCCAUUAACCCCGCCAGAGAUUUCGGGCCUCGAUUGUUCACGUUCAUCGCCGGCUGGGGACCGGACGUCUUCCAGGCCGGAGGAGGCUGGUGGUGGGUGCCUGUCGUGGCUCCGUGUGUCGGAGCCCUGCUGGGAACACUCAUGUACGAGCUGCUGAUUGAAGUCCACCAUCCUCUCACACCGACUGAGCUACAAACCUGUCAGAAGGCCACGGAGAACCAGAUUGGACUGGACUCUAAGACAGUGGAACCGGACUGUGAAGAACGUACUUAGUGGUAAAACAAAGCGAUUUAUGGUGUAAUACCCACGAGAUGUGUAUAUAUAGUGGUUUUGUUGCAAGUAUUAUACAUAGUGUAAUAUAGUACAAGUUAAACAAUAACUUGUGUAGAUUCUUAUGGAAUAUAAUAAUGCACAA